GUUCUCUUGUAUAUUUCAGGUGGAAAGCUUCAUUGAUUCUGACACUGGAAGUAAUCUUAUGUUACCAGUUCAACAUGCAAUCGGAGUUGGUAACAAUGUUGAGUUUGUAAACCGAGGUGCCCUGUUAUUCCGCUCUUUAAAGAGUGUGUCAGGAACAUUUCAACAACUAUCAUCUUUAUCAGUAGACUUCAGAGAGCAGUUAAGGGAAUCUUCACUGAAUAAGAACACACUGUAUCGUAUUCGAGUACCAACAAAACUAGGAGCAUCAUUUGAUGAUAGUAAUGUAAAAUAUGUGUCAACUUUUAUCAAAGCGUGUUCAUUAUAUGAAUCAAAACUGAAUGAUUUAAUCACAGUGACCAUUGAUCAGAAAGGUGAUAUCUUGGGAGUCAGUAUUGUACCCUUGGUGGGAGACUGUAAAGGUCAUGACAUUGAUGAAGUCGAUCUAACACAUUUCAACACCAGCGUGGAGUUAGCAACUAUUAUUACUGGACCUGUUCCUGAAACACAAGCAUAUAUACAGAAACUAGAAGAAGAAAAGGCACAGAGAGAAGGAAAGGGAAACUCAACUGAACAAAAAUCAUUCUUUGGAAAAUAUUGGAUGUACAUUGUACCAAUAGUGUUAUUUUUAAUGUUAUCUGGAGCACAGGAUCCAAAUGCACAAAGAGGCGGUGGUGGCAGUUCAUAGCCAGCAUGGAUGCGAUUAUAUUGCAGUAAACCUGUCCUGUUUGUAAAGCAUUGAACAUCAUCUCAGAGUGGGCUUGGGAAUUUUCUAUUAAAACCAUUGUACAGCACCUAGUUGUAAAUUUAAAUCAGUGCAAUUGAGGGCAUCAAUCAAUUGGUCAGUCUGAGCAUGGACCUACGAACCCAAGGAUGAACAGCAGACAUUAAAAGAUGGUUAAAAUCUUUUUGUUUUUGCUAAUCACUCUUUUGUCCUAUAUGUUUGAAAUAUAUGAUUGAGGCCACCAAAAAGUUAAAGCUUCUACUCCCACAGAAGUAUAAUUAGUUUGAUCAUGGAGGUAUUAACAGUUUAUACUUCCAUGGUUUGAUUCAGCGAAAGAUGCUGUGCACACUGCCGAUCUUAUUGACUUUCUAGUUGUUAAAUGUUUGUGUUUUUCAUGGUAUAAACGGCUGUGCUUUACAUUGCUUGUUUUUUCACAGUGAAUCUAUGCAUAUUUCAAUUUUUCACUUUGCGAAUUUUAUCAGUCAUCCAUGACACACACUGUGUUUGUCAUCGUCAUUUGCGUCUUAUUGUUUUCAAUCUCAAUGAUAUAUGUUGUCAGGACAUUUCACUAUUACACAUAGAUAUUGCACCUUUGCACAUAGAUUUUGCACUUUUGUACAUGUAUAUUGCACCUUUACACAUAGAUAUUGCACUUUUACACAAGGAUAUUGCACCUUUACACAUAGAUAUGGCACUUUUACACAAGGAUAUUGCACCUUUACACAUGAAUAUUGCACCUUUACACAUUAAUAUUGCACCUUUACACAUGAAUAUUGCAUCUUUACACAUGAAUAUUGCAUCUUUACACAUGAAUAUUGCAUCUUUACACAUGAAUUUUGCACCUUUACACAUAGAUAUUGCAUCUUUACACAUAGAUAUUGCAUCUUUACUACACAUAGAUAUUGCAUCUUUACACAUAGGUAUUGCAUCUUUACACAUAGAUAUUGCAUCUUUACACAUAGAUAUUGCAUCUUUACACAUGAAUAUUGCAUCUUUACACAUGAAUAUUGCACCUUUACACAUAGAUAUUGCACCUUUACACAUAGAUAUUGCACCUUUACACAUAUAUAUUGCAUCUUUACACAUGAAUAUUGCACCUUUACACAUAGAUAUUGCACCUUUACACAUGAAUAUUGCACCUUUACACAUGAUAUUGCACCUUUACACAUGAAUAUUGCAUCUUUACACAUGGAUAUUGCACCUUUACACAUGAAUAUUGCAUCUUUAUACAUGGAUAUUUUAGUGUUCAGAAGCAAAUAGUAAGUGUCAACACAAAUAAUGUUAUUCAAUCAUAUAUGUGUAAUAUGUACAAAGUAAAUAUCACAAGCGCUCAUUGUAACAAAGAAUGAAAGAAAGCUGUUCAUCCUGGGGUUUGUAGGUCUGAGCAUCCUUCGUGAAACCUUUUUUUACAAGAGUUUUAUGCAUAUUUAUUCUGUCUAUGAUCAGAUCAGUUGAUAGACAAGUCCAUGAAGGAAUAGAAGCUAUAUUCAAAAUCCAAAAACAAGGACUUAUAAUUUGGGUACUGUCAGUGUAAAUAUUACAGGUGAUUCAACAGUUCUUUAAAUGAUAACAUUGAUCCAAAAAUUACUGCUCUACUAUAUUGGUUUGUAGAAAUGAGUACAAGUUGUGACAUGUUAGUCAAAAUAAAACAUCGUGCCC